CAGGCGCGGGCCUCGUGCUGACGGCGGCGAGAGGACGCGGAGGACUCCGGCGGCGCGGCCAUGUUGCGACUCGCGGCCAAGCUGGUGGCCUUUUUCUGGAGGAGAGAGGACGGCCCCGAGAAGGCGGUCACGCCGCCUGGCCCCGAGUUCGUGGAAGGCGAUGUGAGGCUCAAGACGGUGCAGGGCGUGGUGACCAGGUACUGCAGUGACUACGGCAUGAUUGAUGACUUGAUCUACUUCUCCAAUGACGCCGUGACCAGCAAGGUGCUGCUGAAUGUGGGGCAGGAAGUGAUCGCCGUUGUGGAAGAAAACAGAGUGUCCAGUGGGCUUAAGGCCAUCAGGGUGGAAGCUGUCUCUGAUAAAUGGGAAGAUGACAGCAAGAACUUGAACGAAGGCCUGUCAGACCCCCGCCCCCGUGUGCUGAUCGGCUGUGUGACGUCCCUCGUGGGAGGCACUGGCUACAUCAACCAGACUACGCAUUUCUCUCCAGAGAGUGUGUGCGAAGGUUUCCAGCCCUGUAAGGGAGACUGGGUGGAGGCCGAGUACUGGAUCCGGCCAGGCACCUGGAGCAGUGAGGCCCUGUCCGUGAAGCCGCUGAGGUACAAGCGUGUGGACAAGGCCUGCAUCUCCAGCCUCUGCGGCAGGAACGGGGUCAUAGAGGACAGCAUCUUCUUCACCCUGGACUCCCUGAAGCUGCCAGAGGGCUACGUGCCGCGCAGACAUGACAUCGUCAGCGCCGUGGUGGUGGAGAGCAGCCAGUCCUGCUACGUCUGGAGAGCUCUGUGUCUCAUGCCCGUGCACAGAAACCCCGCCACCCCUGGAGUGCCCCCUGAGGAGUCCUAUGCACCCCUACUGUUGAAGAACAAAGGCGGGCUUGAAGUCACAAGGAUGACCAAUUUUGGAACACUGAAGGAAGGAGCCAGUAAAAGCCUGGUGAUCUGGAUCGAGAAUAAAGGAGACACCGCUCAGAGCUUCGUCAGCUGCAAGCUGGCGGGCUGGGACAAGGCUGGACAGUUCAGGCUGCAGGACCGGGCACACCCGGCCGCCUCUCUGGUUUCUGUUUCUGAGAAGAAUUGUCUAGGUGAAAAUACUGAUUCCUUAAAAAGUUGCAGCAAAAAGAAAACCCCUCAGACACUGAAGAGCAGCUUAGUGAAGAAUGAAGUCUCUCCAGAUGACUGUAAAGAGGACAGACAGAAAGCCAGUGCUGUCUCAGAGCAGACAGCAGAAGUGGAACCUGGGGGUCCCAUCCCCCCUGGAGGGAAGACCUGCAUUGUGGUUGGAUGCGAUGCAAAAAAUCCUGGCCGCUGCAAGGAGCUCCUUCUGCUGUGUUUCUCAAAUUUCCUCAUUGGGCGAUACCUCGAAGUCACUGUCGUGAGCGCAGAGGAGCUGCUCAUCGCCGUCCGCGAGCCCUUCUCUUGGAAGAAGCCUAAAAGCUGCCAGGUGGUGGUGCCCACGAAGACCACCGUGGUUGUGACCACACAGAAGAGGAACUCAAGACGACAGCUUCCAAGUUUUCUCCCACAGUACCCGAUCCCAGACAGACUGAGGAAGUGUGUGGAGCACAAGACCGACGUCCUGACCUUCCAGCCGAUGCUCGCCGAGCUUUUGAACAUGUCGAACUACAGGGAGAAGUUCUCCACUCUGCUGUGGCUUGAGGAGAUCCAUGCAGAACUAGAGCUGAAGGAGUACAACAUGAGUGGGGUCACCUUGAAGAGGAACGGGCAGCUGCUGGUGCUGGAGGUCCCGGGCUUGGCGGAGAGCAGACCUUCGCUGUAUGCAGGUGAUAAGCUGAUUUUAAAGACUCAGGAGUACAACGGACACGUCAUUGAGUACAUUGGCUAUGUGAUUGAGAUUCAUGAAGAAGAUGUUACUCUUAAACUUAAUCCAGAAUUUGAACAAAGCUAUAACUCUGAACCCAUGGAUGUGGAAUUCACGUAUAACAGGACCACAAGCAGACGAUGUCACUUUGCACUGGAGCAAGUCACCCACUUGGGUGUCAAAGUUUUAUUUCCAGAAGAAGUCAUUUUACAGUCUCCCCAAGUGGCAGUGAGUUGGAACCUCACACAGGAUGCCCGAAACGACGGAGAGUCUGCCUCCAAGAAGAGAAACUCUGACAAGGACCAAACGAAAGCUGCUGCAGCAGAGAGGACUGUCGGUGCCGCGGAGCCGCCGGGGGCUGCCGAGACAGGCAGCGGGGUCAGUGAAACCGAGAAUCCCAAAGCAAAAGACAAGGAGUUUUUUAACCCAGUGCUCAAUGAGAAUCAGAAGUUGGCAGUUCGAAGAAUUCUGAGUGGGGACUGCCGCCCACUCCCAUAUAUUCUUUUUGGACCCCCUGGCACUGGGAAGACGGUGACGAUCAUCGAGGCUGUGUUGCAGGUCCAUCAUGCCUUGGCGGACAGUCGGAUUCUGGUGUGCGCCCCCUCCAACAGUGCCGCUGACUUGGUGUGCUUGCGCUUGCAUGAGAGCAAGGUAUUGCGGCCGGCAGCCAUGGUCAGGGUGAACGCCACCUGCAGGUUUGAGGAGACCGUCAUCGACGCCAUCAGACCGUACUGCAAGGAUGGCGAGGACAUCUGGAAGGCCUCGCGCUUCCGCAUCAUCAUCACCACCUGCAGCAGCGCUGGCCUCUUCUACCAGAUCGGCGUGAGAGUUGGACAUUUCACCCACGUCUUUGUGGACGAAGCCGGACAGGCCAGUGAGCCAGAAUGCCUCAUCCCCUUGGGGCUGGUCUCCGACGUCAGUGGCCAGAUUGUGCUUGCCGGGGAUCCCAUGCAGCUUGGCCCGGUCAUCAAGUCGCGGCUGGCCAUGGCCUAUGGGCUAAACGUGUCCAUGUUGGAGAGGCUGAUGGCGCGGCCAGCAUACCUGAGGGACGAGAAUGCCUUUGGUGCUUGUGGUGCCUACAACCCCCUGCUGGUGACAAAGCUGGUGAAGAACUACAGGUCCCACUCAGCCCUGCUGGCCCUGCCCUCCCGGCUCUUCUACCACAAGGAGCUCGAGGUCUGUGCAGACCCCAAGGUCGUGACCUCUCUGCUGGGCUGGGAGAAGCUGCCUAAAAAAGGCUUCCCACUUGUCUUCCACGGGGUGAGGGGCAGUGAGGCGCGGGAAGGAAGAAGCCCCUCGUGGUUCAACCCGGCUGAGGCUGUCCAGGUCAUGCGCUACUGCCUCCUCCUGGCCCGCAGCGUCACAAGCCCCGUGUCAGCCAGCGACAUUGGUGUCAUCACGCCCUACCGCAAACAGGUGGAGAAAAUCAAAAUCCUGUUGCGGAAUGUGGACUUGGUGGACAUAAAAGUGGGGUCAGUGGAAGAGUUCCAGGGGCAGGAGUUCCUGGUCAUCAUCAUUUCCACGGUCCGCUCGAGUGAAGACAGGUUCGAGGAUGACCGCUACUUCCUGGGCUUCCUGUCCAACUCAAAGAGGUUCAACGUGGCCAUCACCAGACCCAAAGCUUUGCUGAUUGUCUUAGGGAAUCCUCACGUGCUUGUCAGAGACCCCUGCUUUGGUGCCUUGCUGGAGUACAGCAUCACCAACGGCGUGUACACUGGGUGCAACCUUCCUCCCGAGCUGCAGGCUCUGCAGACCUGAUGGCCAGCCAACAGCACCUGGAGCCAUGGACCAGCUGGGCAGAAGCCGGACUUGUGCUCAGUGUGUGACGAUUGGAGAUGUGCGCCUGACACAGGGCUGCUGGACUCCACAGAGGUCCUGGCCCUUCGCAGGGCCCCGGUC